AACCACUGCCAUGUUGGAUGGAACUGGCUCCGGGCUCUGUGGCGGCCGGACUUCCCAGGAAAGUUUUCACCGUUUUCAGUCUUCGCUCAGCCGCCGCAGUUCUGACCUUAUUUUAAAGAGGAGCGGGACGUCGCACUGCACUCCUAUACGGCGUACAUUUUGUGGCACCACACUCGCUUGGACCCCCGGGAUAAACCGAACCGGUGUUAGGGGGGUCGGAGGAAGGCCACGGAUGACCGAGGGAUUGUUUAUGUAUGUUUCUGGAUCUCAUCUAAGAGUCACAGUCGGUGCAGGCGCUAUCAAUUGAUCACCAAUAAUGAGUGGACAUCCGCCGCAACGGCGGCAAGCAAAUGUCGGGUCGCUAGUACUGACACCGCAGGAAAAUGAAUGCCUUUUCAACCACCUUGGCAGGAAAUGCAUCACGUUGUCUUCAGCAGUGGUCCAGGUGUUCACAGCUGAUAGGAACUCCAGCUGGAACAAGAGAUGCUGCGGCGUGGCCUGUCUGGUCAAAGACAACCCUCAACGAUCCUACUUCAUCAGGGUCUUGGACAUCAAGGAUGGUAAGAUGAUGUUUGAACAGGAGCUGUACAACAACUUCAGCCUCUGCCUCUCCAGACCUUACUUCAUCACGUUUGCUGGAGAUACAUGUCAAGUGGGUCUGAACUUUGCCAGCGAGGAGGAGACGAAGCGUUUCCGCGGUCACGUGGCAGAGCUGAUGGGGCGAAGGCAGAGGAAAACUGAGAAGAGACGCGACCCUCCAAAUGGUCCCACGUUGCCCAUGGCCACCGUUGACAUCAAAAACCCAGAGAUCAGCAAUGUUCAGCGUUACCACAACAACUCUCAGGUGAACAACAUCGUGCACUCCUCCUUCCCCAAGAGGGAGAAGAAGAGCAAGGGGAAGAAGAAGAGGUUGACCAAGGCAGACAUCGGCACACCGAGCAACUUCCAGCACAUCGGGCAUGUAGGAUGGGAUCCAAACACAGGCUUUGAUCUGAAUAACUUGGACCCAGAGCUGAAGAACCUGUUCGAUAUGUGCGGCAUCUCCGAGGCUCAGCUGAAGGACAAGGAGACUUCAAAGGUCAUCUACGACUUCAUCGAGAAGAAAGGAGGCGUAGAAGCCGUCAAAAAUGAGCUGCGGAGACAAGCUCCUCCACCCCCUCCAUCCAGAGGCGGCCCUCCUCCCCCUCCCCCACCCCCGCACCACAGCUCAGCCCCUCCUCCCCCUCCUCCUGCCCGUGGCCGAGGUGCCCCUCCACCGCCUCCCCCCUCCAGAGCUCCUGUCUCUGCGCCCCCUCCUCCCCCUCCAUCCCGACCCGGCAUGUCCGCUCCACCGCCUCCCCCGCCUAGCCGGGGCUCCCUCCCGCCUCCCCCUCCACCGGCCCACGCCUCAAUUCCAGUGGUGCCCCCGCCGCCUCCUCCCGCCUUAUCACCAGCUCCACCCAGUAUCGGAGGAGCGCCUCCUCCUCCUCCCCCUCCACCUCCUCCUGGUCCCCCACCCCCUGCUCCUCCGCCGCUGCCCACGGAGGCUAACGGAGGAGACAGCGGCGGGUCCGGGAAGUCGGCGCUGCUGAGUCAGAUUAGAGAAGGCACCCAGCUGAAGAAGGUGGAGCAGAAGGAGAGGCCGGUGAGCAACAGCACCGGCAGGGACGCACUUCUGGACCAAAUCAGACAAGGAAUCCAGCUGAAAACGAGGGAAGACGCACCUGAUGCAGCACCUUCCAACCCCGCCCCCUCGGCAGGCAUCGUGGGGGCUUUGAUGGAGGUGAUGCAGAAGCGGAGCAAGGCUAUUCACUCAUCAGAUGAGGAUGAUGACGACGACGAUGAUGAGGACUUUGAGGAUGAAGAUGAAUGGGAGGACUAGAUAUUUUCUUCUUCUUCUUCUUCUUCUUCUUCUUCUUCUUUUUUCUCUCCCAUCCCCCCCGACCCCCCCGGAUGAUUCUGACACUAAACUUGUUCUCAUCUUUCUAAAAAAAAAAGAAAAAUCUUUAAUUUCAAAAAGUAUAAAUGUAAAUGUUCUAUCGACUUGCUGUAUAUUUUUGUUGCCUUUAUGCUUUUUUUUAUUAAUCUGUGCAAUACCUCAUUUAAUCUGUAAAUGUUUCGUCAUUCACAUAUCUUAGGUUCCUUCUUCAUGUCUUCAUGUCCAUCUCCGUCGGCUCCCAUCUAUGUCUAAAGAUAGCAAUACGUCACGUGUCUCGUUUUAACCACGCUCUGCUUUCUCCAUCUCUAUGCACCUCCUCCUCCUCCUCCUCCUCCUCCCACGUCCCCCACCCAACUCUUCAAGGUCCCUCACCUCCAUCUGUCACUCAGCCAUCCUUCAUAUGAGCUGCCUCCCAUCACACAUGUUCGCUCUCCUGUGUUCCCACUCCCCCAGAUUGACAUGUGCAAUUUUUACAUCAAGUUGUCUCUUGGAACUUAGCGUUGAAUGUUUUGUUGUUUUUUUUUUUCUUUUUCUUUUUCGGUCAGUGAUUGAAGGGGGAGGGGCUUACGAAAUCCACAAAUCCUUCAUCCGUGGUGUAGUCAUUGUUCAUCAGGAGGAAAGAAAAAAAAUCAAACUAUUUUCAUACCCUAUUGCUCUUCUAGUUUAUUUUUACUUAUUCAAAUGCUCCUAGUUUAGCACUCAUAUUUUCUUAAAACAAAGAAGAAAAAAAAGGAAAAAUGCUCUUUUUUGGAAUAUUUAGCUCCAUUUUUGCUGUCGACUGUAAAUUUGCUCCAGAGUUUUGAGUCUUGUUAUAUUUUUGCACAGAUUGAGAGAGGAGACUCGUUGCAUGAAUACAGGACAUUUUCAGGUCUGUAUCAUUAUUGAACAUACCUAUGCUAUAAGGCAAAAGUACACGUGGACAUUAAGCAUUUUUAACCGUUAACCCACACCAUUACAUACGGCACACACAGAGGUGGCAACAGCUAUCUGUUGUUAAUUUACUACUUUUUUUUGUCACGGUCACACUACAGAUUCAGUUGAAAUCGUCUUUUUAUCUUUUUCUUUUGUUUUCCACAGUAGCAAGCAGAGUAUGAAUAAAUGCCUGUUUGUUGGAAAUCAGGUUUCAUGGUGUAAAGCUCAAGGAAUAAAGACACUUUAGUUUUACACACCUGAUGCUUAUAAUGGGUCCACAUGCUAAGUUACUGCACAGACUCAGCGGGGCUUAAAGCAGCGUUCCUCCUGUUGAAGACACUAAGUGCUGACAGUAUAUGGAGAAACACUAGAUUCAUGGCAUUAUCAAACAAGUAUCAAUAUUUUCUUGACUAACUGAUAAAUCAUGAGGUGUAAUAUAGGAAUCGCUGAUGAGAGAACAGUGGUCAGUUGUUCCCUACAAAGACCAAAUCAUGUAUUUCUUCCGCAUUAAAUAAUGUUUCCCAAGAAUUCCUGCUAUGUGAUUAUUUAAAGUUGGACUUGACACCAAGGACGAUACUUAAAUGGCAAGUUAAAUAAAAUGAAUAAAAACUUUAUUCUUAAUGAAAGACAACUGGUGAUAAACUCACCCAGACUGGCUCCAAAGAAAGCAACAUAUUGGGGACUUCGCACUAGCAUUGCUUGCUAACUGACCGGAGAAGAUGAGUCUCUUUAAAAGCUACAGCACCUUGCCAGCAGAUACUACAGCCUUAAGUUAUAAUUACAAAAGAAAUGCCAAUUAUACGCCUAUUGUAAUGGUAGCUCAAAGGGACAAAUAUCAAUGUUUGUCUCAGAGCUAAUAUCUAAGUGAAGUUUGCUAACUGGUCAUAACAGACCAAAAAUAGUGGUAACCGCAAAACCCCUGAGUGUAUUCAAUUAAGGAAAAGUGCAUUUCAUCGCUAAUUAAUUUAAGUUUUCAGCAGUAAGAUUAAGAAAGUGUUCCAUCUCCGCUCAGAAGUUGUCAUGCCUCUUUAAAUCUUUGCAACAAAGGGCACCAGAGCCGCUACAUGCUAACCCUUUGUUCCUUUAGUGUAAAAGGUGAAGCUUGGCCUUAGGGGGCCGUGUUAGUACUACAGCAGUUGAUGACUCAUUUUUUGUAAAUUAGGGCUCAUUACCUGCAUAUUUGGGCAAUAAAAAAGUUUUGUCUUACAAAUAAAAUACAUCUUGUAAUGACAAUACAUCUCUUAGCAAGCUAAUUAGCCACCUAGCUCUUAGCGGAUAGAUCUAAGAAUUUAGUAUUACAGUAGCAUUCCAGAACAACAGAUGCUAAUUACCCACAUGCUAACAAAUGUCGAAUCAGUAUUGCUAACAUGUUGUGGGUUAUCCAGAAAUAAUGCUAUGACGUGUCAAGAUGUUUUAAAACGCCUCUGUUUAUUUGUUUAUUGUCUUUGAGAGACAAAUUGCCACUUGUUUGAUGACCUGUCGAUUAUCAAGAUACUUUUUUGGGGGGAAAAAAAAAACCCUAGCCAUGUUUUUCGCUGAAGUUAGCAUCUGUAGGUAACUCCGUUAAUAAGAUGUUAUGGACGCCAGGCCUUAUCAAUGAGGCUUGACAAAUAAUGAACUCACAUACAUUGUACACUCCAAUAAAAGGUGAUAUUUACA